AUGGCUCACGAUAAUUUCUACUCUAACUGUGUGUACCUGGUGCUACAGCUUCGAGUCCACUGUGCUGAGGUGUUAGGUACACCAAUUGUUGGGGACUACAAGUAUGGAUGGCAAGCACACAGGAAGUGGGGACAUUUUGAUUUGUCUAGAGUGGAAGACUCCCGUGAAGAGGUUCUCAAGGGAGAAACGCUCCCCUUUGGCCAUAAUUUGAACAAAGGGAGCAUCUCUGAGAAUCAUCCUCGUUUGCAUCUUCAUUGCAAGCAAAUAGUCUUACCCAAUAUAUCUCAAGCACUGCAAAAUAUGCAAUCAUCUUCCAAUUGUGAUAUUUCACUAGUGGAAGGGCUUGAGUUGGUGGCGGAUUUGCCUCCAUACAUGCAAAGAAAUCGAUUUCGACGAGGCAAAUUCUUCCGCUCGGGUUUCCUCAGAAUUCACCGGAUGUUGGUUUGA